UUAUGAUCUGGAUUAGAUACAAUAGAAUCAAACAGUUUUUCACAAUGAUCUAUGCGUCUGUCCUCUAAAGAUGCCAUGUUGAACAUUGACAGGCUGUCAUCGUAAAAAAGGCCUGGCGAAAUAAUUAAUAGUGCACGUUUUUGAAUGCGUUCAAUAUCCUUACUUAAGUAGUCAGGAAGUGCGUGAUGGUACAGGGGGGCACAAUAUUCUAGAACUGGCCUUAUACAAGUACGAUAGAAACAAAUGAUAUCGUGUGCUGGAACACUUGCACGCUUAAGUAAUAUAAGAAAGUAUAUUCUCUUGUUGGCCUUUUUUAUUACAUCUAAGACGUGACAAUUCCUUUGGAGCGUGUUGGUUAUGGUAACUCCUAGCACUUUACUACUAGUGCUGCUGCAUGCUCAGUACUUGCCUGACUAAUACUUCAUUUUUUCUUUUCCUUUUGACAGCUGUUUGCAAAGCUGGUUCUUAUUCACCAACCGGACUGGAGCCUUGUUUCCCGUGUGAAAAGGGCUUCUAUCAAGAGAUGGAGGGGCAGCGUAUUUGUUUAAAUUGCAGUGUAGAUACAACAACUGCUGAAGAGGGAUCCACCAGUUCUAAGCAGUGCGGAGGUAUAUUUACUUUUCAACAACAGCAACAAUAAGACAGUAAAACAAAUUAAAAGAAGUUUGGAAUAAAUUUGUUACAGCAGCAAUAUACUCUUCAACAACAGUCCAGAUGUCAUCAGUUACUUCGAGUUCAGAUGACCUCUGACAAUGAAACUGCCAGCUUUUUUUAAAAGCUAUAGCAGCAUUCCGAAAAUACAAGGUGAUCAGACUGCUGUUUUUGCUAUAAAUCUACUAAAGGUUGUAAAAAGGUAAAAAAAGGUAAAGCGACCAUAUUUUACGUCGAUAACUCGUGGCAGUAAUAAUAACUGAUAAACUUGAGGUCGACAGUGCCCUCCUUUUACCCCCCUCCUUCCAUCAAUCCUCCGUUUUAAGGGUAUUUUAAACUAGUCAAGGCUACACAGAAAGGAGAGGAGCUGAAACAAGGAUGUGGUGUCACUGGGGAUCGAACUCAGUCGGGACCUGGCGCACCGAAGGCCGCGCACUAACCAAUUGUGCCAACUGUGUCUUGCUGUUAAGCCAAUUGUUUCCAACUGUUUCUGUUUGCAUCACCAAAUUAGGGAAUAUUGGAUAUCUCGGGAAAUCGAAUGAACUGAUUCCUCUUUCCAUCAACAGAAGACUACUGAAAAAGAGAGUUAUGAAGUGUUGAAAAUACUGUUUUUCUUUUCUUUUCUUUUCUUUUUUUUUCUUCCACUAAAGUCCCCUGUCCUCCUGGUUGGUUCUCUCCAAAUGGUCUGGUUCCAUGUUCAGUGUGCGACAGGCGCUCUUUUCAGCCCCAAAGUGAGAGUCGCACGUGUGUCCCAUGCCCAGGAACAACUGUGACAACACAGUUUGGAUCGAAGAGGAGGCAGGAUUGUCAAGGUUAGCUGAAAAGGCUUACCUAAAAUGUACUUAUUCUACCGUGCGGCAGUUUAAUCCGCUUUCUAUGUUGCUUUGUUAUACAUGAUUGUUAUAACACUUGUUUGAGUAUUUUUCGGUUCAUUAAAAUCAUCAGGUCUACAAGAAGCUUUGCCCAAUCUUAAACUUAAGCCUCCUGUCAAAAAGUUCGGUCAAUUUGUUCGCUUAAAGAAAGUAAUAAUCUUUUUGAACAUUUCACUAGCUCAGCUGAUAGGGGAUGGGAUAUUAUAUUAAGAAACAGCACUCAUUCAAGUCCCUAUAACAUCUGCACAAUUAAAGGAAAAGUCGGUUGUGCCUGUCCUCCUUGAUUUGACAGAUGCCCUUGACACCGUAGAUCACGAUAUNGACAGGCGCUCUUUUCAGCCCCAAAGUGAGAGUCGCACGUGUGUCCCAUGCCCAGGAACAACUGUGACAACACAGUUUGGAUCGAAGAGGAGGCAGGAUUGUCAAGGUUAGCUGAAAAGGCUUACCUAAAAUGUACUUAUUCUACCGUGCGGCAGUUUAAUCCGCUUUCUAUGUUGCUUUGUUAUACAUGAUUGUUAUAACACUUGUUUGAGUAUUUUUCGGUUCAUUAAAAUCAUCAGGUCUACAAGAAGCUUUGCCCAAUCUUAAACUUAAGCCUCCUGUCAAAAAGUUCGAUCAAUUUGUUCGCUUAAAGAAAGUAAUAAUCUUUUUGAACAUUUCACUAGCUCAGCUGAUAGGGGAUGGGAUAUUAUAUUAAGAAACAGCACUCAUUCAAGUCCCUAUAACAUCUGCACAAUUAAAGGAAAAGUCGGUUGUGCCUGUCCUCCUUGAUUUGACAGAUGCCCUUGACACCGUAGAUCACGAUAUCUGGCAAUCUCGUGAUUAACACGCUUCGGGAUUUGUUGCAAAAUUUUCGACUGCUUCCGUUCUUAUGUAAAAGAUCGCAAACGGUUUGUGGAGAUCAACAAUCAACGAUCUUAUUUUAGACGAUUAAAACGAUGAAGGUGCUUCUUAGGGGUAUGUUUUAAGGGGGGAGGGGGGUGGGGGUAGUGUAUUUACUAUAUCACAUCACCUCUGAAAGAUAUUACCAGACCACACGUCAUUCACGUUUUUAAUUUUGUGCAGAGUUUAAGGAAGUGUAUCUAGCCUGCAAAACGGCUUCAACUGAAGAAAUAUUUGUGUGCAUAGCUUCUGUCAUGUGACGUUAUUCGGGGGAUGGUGGACAAUAUGUCGAAGAUUAUCGUUAAAAGUGACGCUAAUGAUUAAACGUAUCCACUUAUUAAGUACGCAGGAAGUCACUUUUAUCUAGGCGACUUGUUAUCAUAUAAAAGGAAAUGAGUAAGAACUUAAUUGGUAAUAUGAAGGAAUAAACUUACACUUACUAGGCACUUCCUAGGCCAAAACGAAGCUUAAUUCGUAACAUUAUAAAGCAAUCUGGUGGCCUUAACGCCUUCACACAGGAGGAAAGAACAUUUUCAGCGUCAGUGCCUUCCAGUAGACCAGCAAGGUCUUUAAAUUUACAUUUUUUUUACAAGUGUGGUCAUCUAAAAGUGUAAAAUUAAUACAUUUGAGGCAUUUUUCUUUGCCAUACUAGCUGUUUGAAGCUAGUUGAGCUAUGUUUAUCAUGAAUUUAAAAAAAUGCAUUUGAGGAAAAUUAGUUUAAACGACUAUUUCAACGCCGUUUCGCUUUAUUUCCAUAUUUAUUUAUUCUCGCGUUUAACGGCCGAUCGAUGUACGCACUCGUAUUCUUCUUCUUUGGUCGGGCUAGAUUUCUAGUCGCCGUUCUCGCUGCUGUGGACUUUCGGUGGUAAAACUUCCCCGGCGAGGAUUUCCAGCCACUUGCUGAAUGCAACGUUUUUAUACUUGCCGUUCUCUUUCAGUUUCGUGAGCAAUUGAUCGCGUGAUUCACCGAUAGUAAACACUGUUUGAAUAAAACAUAUCAUUCGCCCUUGAAUUCGUGUUACCUGGUAACCCUAAAGUGCAUCUUGACGUCACACUAAAUGACGUCAAUUGCGGAUACCCAAGAGAUAUAUACAUAAAAUAUUGUGAACCAAGGCUUGAAAAACCACUGCAGAAACCUUGAACGAUCAAUUUAGCUCAACGAUGGAUCAAACAAGAUCGUGAUCAAUCGAAAAAGAUGAAAAUCGAAUUAAAGUCAAAAAGACUACUGCAAAGACUAAUCAAACAACGUGAAAAAGGUCGAGGUAUACAAUAUUUCGACUGACCAUUACCAGUCUUCAUCAGUUUUUUUAGGGAAAAACACGAAUAUACGGAAUAUGUACAACUGUAAAAAAAUAAACGGAAGUUACAUGGUAAAAAAAGGUACUUUAAAAACGAACUCAAAGAUUACGUUUUGAGCACGUGACUGAUGACGUAGUGUCCCUCUUUUGGUCAUGAAAAAAAAAUAUCUGGUCGGACAUUACUUUCCCGCAAAUUUUCUUUGCCGUGUGAUAAAAGGUUGACUCUCUACAGUCCUGGGCCUAGUCUCCCGAAUUUUUCACUCAUGUUCACUCAUGUUCAUGAUUAAAUGGCGAACGUCAACUGGUCAUUUUUAAAAAUGCUAUUUGUUUUUAACUAGUAAAUAGAAUCUAGUCACAGCAACAAAAAAGAACCUAAUUCGGAAAUAGUCACGUGACUGAUGACGUCAUUACCGUAGAUGUGACAUGGGAAGAUAUUUUAUGGCAAAUGUUAUCUUGUUGUGGUCUGACGGUCUUCUACGUAUAAAAUUGUCAAAUCGAGUCCGCCUGCACGUUUAGGGAUGGUUUGAGUUUUCUUAUAAAGAGCAUCUCAGGCGGACUCGAUUCGCGCAAAGGUAUUCACUUGAAGAACUUUUGAUCCUUUGUUAUUAUGUUAAUUUGUGGAGACUAUAGAAAUCAAUUAUUCGCAUUAUUUGUUCAUUUUGCCUUGAGAAUGGUGUCAUGAUGAUACCGAAACGUCGGCUUUUAACGUUAAUAUUCGCUUGCUUAUGUUUUAAGAAAUCGUUUUUGAUCAAGAAUAAAUAAUUUAGGAUUUAAACUCAAUAAUUUUUUUUCGCUUCAGAAAUCGACAACUGCGGUUCCAGCCCAUGUAAGGGCAAUUUAACGUGUACAGAUCUCAUUGAUGACUUCUUGUGCACCUGUCAACCUGGAUAUACUGGCAAACAUUGCGAGACCAACAUUGACGACUGCUCAGACCUACCUUGUUUUAACGGUGGCACAUGCCAUGACAUGGUAAAUAACUAUUCGUGCUCUUGCGCACAAGGUUAGUAAAAAAGUUUCUUUGGCCAUAUCUUUGUUUUGUUUUGUUUUGUUUUCCUUUCACUCAGUCUUGCUGGACCAGCUCUUUCUCUUUAAGAGGCGUGUGUUUACUAAGGUGUCUGCUUAGCAGAAAGCAAAUGUAUAACAAAAGAUGGUUAGUACCAAAGAUUGAGAUUUCUUUACCAGAAAAGCAUAUCAAACUCAGAGGUAAAAAUAGGUAUACGUUACAUUAAAAGACAUUGGUAUGUGCAUGAUAGGGCUUGUUUAUUGUUUGUCUCACAUUAGUCACCUUAAAAUUUGCUAUUUAUCUCGACGUUUCAACCGCAUUCUGAUGGUCGCCAUCUCUAUAACUGGAAUACGUUCCUCUGAGUCGUUAUAGCCUGGGACCAGGCUCCGCAGUGGGGUAAAAAGUCAAAACAAACAAAUAAACAAACAAAACAAAACAAUCGGUGAGCGAAGUGAGCCGACCGGAAGACUGGGAGGGGGAAGGGAAAAAGCUCAGUUCGCUUCGCUCGUCUUUUCCCCUCACUGCGGAGCCUGGUUAUAGGCUAAGUCCUUCAUUAAACGAAACAAUGGAUAACACUUCUUAUUAUCUCACAGGCUACCAGGGUAAGAACUGUGAGGAGAAUAUCGAUGACUGUGCAUCAGACCCUUGUCAGAAUGAGGGGACAUGUGUGGACUCAACUGGAACAUACGACUGCAUUUGUCCUAGCGGUUUUUACGGCAACAAUUGCGAGGAAGAAGCUGACGAAUGUACAAAAUUAGGAUGUAAGAACAACGCAACCUGCGUUGUUAAAGACAACUGGUUUGACUGCAUUUGCCAGAAGGGUUUUGUUGGAAAGAAGUGCGAAUUCAACGUUGAGGAGUGUGACUCAAAUCCCUGCUUGAACGGAGCCAGGUUGUCAGAUUAUUCACUUGAUAUAUUGCCUCCCUUUAUAUCUGAUAUUUCAUNCUGCUUAGCAGAAAGCAAAUGUAUAACAAAAGAUGGUUAGUACCAAAGAUUGAGAUUUCUUUACCAGAAAAGCAUAUCAAACUCAGAGGUAAAAAUAGGUAUACGUUACAUUAAAAGACAUUGGUAUGUGCAUGAUAGGGCUUGUUUAUUGUUUGUCUCACAUUAGUCACCUUAAAAUUUGCUAUUUAUCUCGACGUUUCAACCGCAUUCUGAUGGUCGCCAUCUCUAUAACUGGAAUACGUUCCUCUGAGUCGUUAUAGCCUGGGACCAGGCUCCGCAGUGGGGUAAAAAGUCAAAACAAACAAAUAAACAAACAAAACAAAACAAUCGGUGAGCGAAGUGAGCCGACCGGAAGACUGGGAGGGGGAAGGGAAAAAGCUCAGUUCGCUUCGCUCGUCUUUUCCCCUCACUGCGGAGCCUGGUUAUAGGCUAAGUCCUUCAUUAAACGAAACAAUGGAUAACACUUCUUAUUAUCUCACAGGCUACCAGGGUAAGAACUGUGAGGAGAAUAUCGAUGACUGUGCAUCAGACCCUUGUCAGAAUGAGGGGACAUGUGUGGACUCAACUGGAACAUACGACUGCAUUUGUCCUAGCGGUUUUUACGGCAACAAUUGCGAGGAAGAAGCUGACGAAUGUACAAAAUUAGGUUGUAAGAACAACGCAACCUGCGUUGUUAAAGACAACUGGUUUGACUGCAUUUGCCAGAAGGGUUUUGUUGGAAAGAAGUGCGAAUUCAACGUUGAGGAGUGUGACUCAAAUCCCUGCUUGAACGGAGCCAGGUUGUCAGAUUAUUCACUUGAUAUAUUGCCUCCCUUUAUAUCUGAUAUUUCAUAGGGUUGACUUUUUUCGUUAAAGAUAGCGUGUUAUUGUGAUGUCAUUGAUAAUAAAGUAGUAACGUACAGUGUACGGGUAGUGACCGUCGGGGAGCGUCAGAAGCAUUGGUUAAUUUUCGUUCUUUUUUCUUCAGGUGCAUAGAUGGAAUAAAUGCAUUCCAAUGCGAAUGCAAAGAUGGAUUCGAUGGCCUUUACUGCGAAAAUAAGAUUGAUGAGUAGUGGUAUGAGCACCGAAUUAACCUGUUUUUUUUAAUUAAUAAACUUUUUGGGUGGCAUAUAUUAACGCCGAUGACGACAUAACCCUUUGUCUUUAUAUCAUGAAUAAAAUGUGCAGAAAUCUCAUUUAGAUAAGGUCGUGUGCUAUUUUUAUUUGGUUUAACCAGUUACACAGGGUUUCUAAUUACUUUUAGGUUGAUAACUUUCUUCGUUUUUGAUUGAAACAUUCUAUUUGGUUAAUUCAUGGCAUCUAAGGAAUAAAGUCAAACUCGCCUGUGAAUUCAAAUCACUGAGCCGUAACGUAAUUAUGCAAGUUCUAUUUUUAGCUGCUGUCAUUUUCCUAGUUCAUUGUCCUGUCUUGGCCUCAAAUCGUGCAUUUUUAUGAGGGCGAAGGCAAACUAAGUGUUUAUUAUUAUUAUUAUUAUUAUUAUUAUUAUUAUUAUUAUUGUUAUUUUAUUUUAUUUUUUUUUACUUUCCCAACACCAAAUCGACCUUGUUGACCAUACAUCGAGCCCAUACUCAACCAAGUCUUUAAAUUGCUCAGUUGGUUAUUUAUUAUUAUUAUUAUUAUUAUUACGAUAAUUUUUUUUCCUUUUCCUUGAUAAAGUUUACUUAACUUUCUAGCGUCUGCUGGAUCAAAAGCUUUGAAGAUACAUGUAAUAAAUGUUCAUCUUUUCGCCUCUGUUGCAUAACUAGCUUACCAAUGCACUGAUAUACAUAAAAAAUCUGACUAGGAAGAUGUCAGCAGAUACAUUGUUAAUUUACUAGAAACGUGUUGAUACAAAAUUUUGUAGCCAACAAGAACAAUAAAAAGUAUUAGUAAUAUAGCGUGAUUUUCAGAUAUAUCUUAAUCUUCACUAUAGUACAUUAAAAAGUGUUUUUUUUUCCAAGGGUUUUUUUUUUCUAGUUUACUAAAUUACCUGCGAAUGUUCUAUCGUUAGGCGUGUGAAGAAGAUGAAAGAAUAACCCAAAUGGUUGACUUGUCCAAAAUAACCUGACAAAGAUGAAACUUUUGUAUUACUACAACAGUGACAUAAUUUAGAAAGGAGCUGAUACUUAGUACAGAGUGUAAGACAAAGACCUAAAUUUACCAAACCACAAGAAGUAAAAUAAAAGUCACUGUAGGCUACCUCUGGAUUUGUAUUCAUUGUUCAUUGUAGCUUCAUUCUGAUGGUAUUCAACACACGUAAACCCUUUAACUAUCCGCCUAAUAUCUAAAACCUAAUUACUACUACCUAAUACUGCAGAUUUGCAUUAGAACUCUGUACUAGACUAAAUAUAUGCAUAUUUAUUUUUGGAGGGGCUUAUCUAUGGAGGGAAAUUUGCGUUUGAAAAUCGAUUGGACUAGCCUUAUAGCUGGGAAUAAAUCUAACAUCUGGGCUUUGUUUUACUCUAUAUUUGAGGGCAAUUUUCCAAAUCGGGCCCCCGGGGCGCUUAUAUUUGGAGGGGCGAUUUAACGGAGGGUUUUCUGCGUUACCGGUUUGGCUUACAUUUGGAGGGGCUUAUACACGGAGGGGCGUAUUUUCGAAAUUUUACGGUAGUCCAAAAGUCAAAAUAUAACAAAACAAAGCUAAGAUAUCUUUAACUGAACGUCUCCUUCUUCUUCGCGCACAUAGAUUUUACUUUACCAUAUCUUCAGCUGUAUCUUCUAUUCAGCUGCAUAGCCGAGGCCAGAUUAUUCCUUUUUCCUGGGCGUAAAAUCCGCGUCCUCCCUCACCAGUUUGGACAGAGUGGAGUAAGACGUAGUUCUGGAAAGAACUGGUUAUUUUAUUAAUCCAAGCAAAUAGGUCCAGUAGAGUCAAGAACCAAUGCAAGCGGCCGGUCGAACAAUAUGACAGCAGCUGUGACAGCGAACGUUAGUCAAAGAGGAAUUCGAACUUGAAAACCAGGGCCGCGCUGUUGAAAACUUACGGAUGGUCGCGCGAUCGCCUUUUGUUUUGUGGUCAAAACUAACGCAGCGGACCAUCGCUCAGUGUUGAUUGACCUAGAAGCAAUAGUACCAUCCCUCCCAUAGCAAGUGUUGCAUUGUUGCGCGGACGUGGUCGCUAAGCUUGAAUAUUCACGUCGCGUAUUAAAUCAGGUAGUUUGCGGUCAUAGUGUUUGUUGAUGAGCGAGCGAUUAUUGCGCAGUUUCGAUGGGUUUUGUGCAGCCAGCGAGCAAGAAGCAUGAGCACACGCUAACUGCAGAUUAGCCGAUGGCAAUUUGGAGCGGAUUCGUCGAUUAUUCUCGAAUUUAUAGCGCUUCGCGUGAAGGCGGGUGGAGAUGGUCCGUUUGUUUUGUAUCCAGCCUUUAAUUCUUCUUUAGUGGAUAGUACCUACGAUUGCAAGACUCAACAAAAUGCCUCUUUAACCGGCCAGGAAGAAGAAGGAGACGUUCAGUUAAAGGUAUCUUAGCUUUGUUUUGUUAUAUUUUGACUUUUGGACUAUUUUAGUUCAUGGGAGUUUCGACGAUUCAUCCUAUUUUGUCCACGUGAAUAUUAAUAUAUGCAUUUGACACAUACUACGUCUGGGUCGCCUGUGGUCCAAGUCGACAAACAAAGAAAAAAAUCCUUUGGAGAACGUUUCGAACCUUAGGUGAUUGACUUCAUUUCCUCCAAAAAAAUCUAAAUAAAUAAAUAAAUAAUAAUAAUAAUAAUAAUAAUAAUAAUAAUAAUAAUAAUAAUAAUAAUAAUAAUAAUAAUAAUAACAAUAACCUACCACUACCAGUCUCUCUUAAGAUUAAUAGCAUAAGUCGAGGAAUAAUUUGAGGAUACUGCACGGAAAUUUUAUUAAUACUGCUUACUCAAAAAUUCUCAAAACAGAUUGUUGAAUAAACAUUUAAAGUAAGCGCAAUGGCCAUAAAAAAGGACUCGGUCAUUUGAAGAGCAGUUUCCGCUAACUUAGUUUCCAGACCCGUCCUUCACUGAAGGAGGUAGGUUUUGGCGGGUGUUCAGUUUAGUCACAACCCUUGCAUGCUAAAUGUAAAGCUCCAGUUUUCCCUUAUCAUAUUAUCGACCCCCAAAAGUGCCAACGAAAUCAGCUCGGAAUGUCAGGCAAAGGGCCACAAUUUGUAGAUGCAAUUGGUAUUUGUGACCGAUUAGAGCCAGUUUUCCUCUAAUUAGGUUUUUCGUCAGGAAAAUGACGUUAUAUGACCUCGUAUCAUUCAGAACAUCUUUACAAGAACUCUAUUUAUAAGCAGCAGUUGUUUGGAUCUUUUGACAGAAGAAAUUUCGAUUGAUAGGAUUUUUCAAUAGAACAACGCAUGGCUUGUCACGUGAUCAAGUUGUAAUUAAUUUUCUUAAUAAAACUGAAAGAUAUUUGGUUAUGAUUAGCCUAAAACUAUUGGCCAUGAGAUAUCUUUUGAAAAUACUUCGUAAACCGCCCCUCCCUCUUCUUCCGCUUUAAAAACUGAAAAGGGUUUAAAGAACUGGGCUUUAAUCUACUUUCAUGGAUCAGGUUCGUUAUGUUUUGGACUGUAUUUCUUUUGGUGGAUUCUCUUUGCAUUGCUUUGAUUGAUAUGAGCUCUGUAGGAUAUUAAUUCAAACACGAGCAAAUCUGAUAAUCGAAUUGCUGGCUUCUGAUGAUCAUUUAUUACAUGUAUCACCACAGAAAUUUUGAAGACUGUAAACACGACGCUAGAUCGAGUGUGUCUUCUAGCGCCAAUGUUGUUUCUUGAUUUUCUUCUUGUCAGUCCCACGUGGGACACCCAUAAAAGCAAGGCUGUGAUUGGAGGAGCCAACGAACCGUUAACUUUGCGCCCAUCAUGGAAGCAGACGUCGGAUUUGCUGAAUGUACGGAAAGGAAUGUGGCUCGGUUUUCAGCAGCCGUUUGUGGGAAGGAGCGUUGAGUGACGACACAGUACAAAAAAAGGGCGGCGUAGGAAGCUAACGGAAAAUAGCUUGUGGAGAUUAUUUGGUUCUCUGGUAUUGCUAGAGAUCUGCAGUAAAAGAAAUUAAUGCAAUUUGCGUAUUUGUUGUUGGGAAGAUUUUGGCCCCUGUUAAGAGCACGACUUACGGUAAGUACAUUUACUUGAUCAAAGAAAUUCCUUGACUGAUGGUUUUUACAUGCUAGUGUUGUGGUUCAAUUUUAUGCUCGGUUCAAUUUUUAUUUGCCUUUGUUUUUGGGUACGGAAGUGAAUGAUAAUGAGUUUGAAACAAAGGAAAAUAAAAACUGGACCACAACACUAGUGUUGAUAUUCGGGCGAAAAACUAAAAUAAGCAUCAAUUCUAUGAUGCAGCAUAUAAAAAGCGUGAGAUGAAUGCAAAACCUCAUUAAGUCGAGAAUAACUAGUAAAGCCAGUUGUGGAUCCCCACCUGUUUCCACUAGUAUACGGAAAUCAGUCAGAUUUUUCAUAAUGAAUAUAUUUUUAGUAAAAGACUUUAAACUUUCCAAGUUGAAAUCUGGAAAAUGGUUUGGACAGUCAGUAAAUACCCUGUCUGAAUGACUCAGAAACUUAGGAAAGGAAACUUCGGGAUGCUAAAAUCCAACUUUUUUUCCGUGGAAGCAUGCCCCCAGACCUCCCUAUAGAAGGAAAUCGGUCAGUAUUUAUUCUAUAUCCGCUCUUGAAAGUUCCGUUGACCCUAUAGCAUUAGAAAUGACUUAUGAAGUCUGUGGUUGAUCGACAAGCUCAGCAAAAAACAAAAUAAACGAUCAGUUAUAGCUUUGCAAAGGGGUCUCUCAGUUGUACCGCUCUGAAGCUUACUGUUGGGAAGUCCGGGUAACUUAGUAGAAUUUCGGCUGUACGGAAAGGUUUAUGCUAGACACUGAACUUAUCAGCAAUGUUACAUGGUAAAUCGAGUUUGUUCUCUGUGUUCUUGGUAGAACAACAUAAGUCAACUGAGUUAUCUUAAAGUUGAUUAUUGCCUCUGUUAUUAGCUUUUUGUUCGAAACACGUGAAGUCCUACUUUGUAAGAAAAAAAUUGGGGUUCUAAAUAUUUUUAUGCUAGUUACUGAUAGCUAUACAUUACUUGACACUUAACAUCGCGAACCUGGUGAUUACAAGCAUAGUAGCUUCCUGAACACCAGUGAACAUAGUACAUCUGUAUUCAUAAUCGUCUCUGGUUCGGAGACGAUCGAGGACAACAGCUCUCAAAACAAUAAGGAUAUUAUCCUAAUCAUUACCAAGCGCAAAUCUAGGCCUCAGUUACCCCCCACCCCAUUCCUAUUUCCUUUACCUACCUGUCGUUCAUUUUUUUGUAGUAAUAGCGACAAUGUCUUGAAAAGAUGUCAUUUUGAAAAUGAAAUGUGCAACUAAUUUCUACCAUGUUCCGUCCCCUUUUAAUAAACUGAGCUUGGCAUGGCAAUACUGAAUCAAAUUGAAGAGUCAUUCGUAAGAACCUAGAAAGUCAACUCAACGCAUUGAAAUUAUACAAGUAAGGUGACUGUGUGUGUAUAUAGUAAAUAUGAUUUAAUUAGUCUUAAAUUCUCUUCCACAAUGCAGCUCUCCUGAUUUCCGCAGUGCGUUGGAAGAUUUUCUUGUUUAAGAUCGUAAUAUGAAGGAAACAACAGGGGUACCAAGCUACGGCCUUCUCCCGAAAUGCCACCUAAACACUUGUUCCAGGCUAUGUUCGGUGCUUUUAAAAGCUCUACAAAUGUAUUCUGAGCGGCGCUGUAAAGUAAAUAUAAAAUAUAUGAUAUGUUUAGUCAUCCUAGCGGAGUAACUUUAGCCAUUUCGAGCAUAUGGGGCAUUUCUAAUUAUUUCCCGAACAUCUUAGAUGCUCCUGAUGCUAUGGAAGGUGUACGAAACCGAAAAAUUUUCUUAUACCUCUUAUUGUUACUAUAUAAUUGUAUAGUAUUAUGUGAGCGUGUUGCUCUGAAUCAAUUAAUGACAUGACCGCCAAAAAGCGCCUCAAAGAACACCAAAGUGAUAACAAGAAGCUUCAUUCGUGUGAAACCCUUAACGUCAUGAUCACGGACAAAGCACUGGAGGCUAUGGAUGCAAAGAAAGUCACACUUGUGGUACUUUUGGACUUGUCGAAAGCAUUCGACAGCAUAGAUCAUGUAACCCUCCUUGCAAAACUACAGGCGCUAAGUGUUUCCCGUGCAUCUCUGGAUUGGUUCAAGAGCUACCUUUCUGAACGGCUGCAAUGUGUCAGGAUGGAAGCUGAGACCUCAAGCUUGCAGGGUAUCGCACAUGGAGUCCCACAGGGUUCAAUCUUGGGGCCCGCCUUGUUUACUAUCUACCUCAACAACAUUCCUUCUAUACCGGACGUGUGUUCGCUAGAAUCAUAUGUCGAUGAUUCAAAGCUAUACCUUCCGUUCCCAGUUGCUGAGGCUAGUAAUAUGAUUCAAUAGAUCAAUAAGGACUUAGAAAAAAUCGCAAGCUAGUGCUGCUACAACAGCCUUCUCAUAAACCCAGAGAAAACCAAGCUGCUGGUGCUGGGCACACGUCAGAUGCUUCAGAGGCUGCCCACUGAUUUUCAUGUCACUCUCCUUGGAAAGAAGGUCACUCCAUCUCCUUCUGCUCGGGACCUUGGCCUGCAGGUGGACAGCACUCUAAGCUCUGAUGAACAUGUCACCCAAACAGUGUCCUCGUGCAUAGGUAGCUUACCACUUUCCGAAAAAGUCUCCGCUCUUGUCCUAAAAAACCCAAACGUUUCUCAAAGAAAAAAUGGGAAAAACGGAAGUAAACAAAAGUGUGUAUUCGUAACUCAGCUGUCACUAAAAAUGACCCUUAGUCUCAACCAGUCAAAUUUCUGUACAGGGACAAUCCCACCCUCACCCUCACCCUCACCCUACAGCGAUAAACAGUAAUAUUUGGUGUAUAUUACGGUUAUAUGUUACGGUGAGUACUCGUUUAAGUAAAUGUUUUGCCUGAAAGGUAAACGGCGUUCAUUUAAGCAUUCUAAGAAGACACCACUUAACAUGGCCUUAGUUUCGUGACAUUCUCCACGCCACCAACACAAAAAAAAAAUAAAAAAUAAAUAAAAUGGUCACUGUGAACUAAUGCAUCUCGAUCUACAAGGGAAAUUACAAAACAUUUCUCAACCGAUGCCGCUAUGCGUGGAGAUGAUAGUAUAUACGUACUUCGGUUCCUUUAUUUAAUUGUAUUUAAUUAUUUAUUUAUUUAUUUUUCACUCCUCUAUAGUUUUGUUGUAUAACCGAUAAUGAUUCAAUGUCAGGAAAAAUAUUUUUUCUCGGUCCUGCAAGAAAGAUUUAAUUUUUCCUUUUUAGAUAACAUUUCUCGGAAUCUUCUAUGUGUGUAUGUGAUCACUGCCUUGUACUUGGCUGCAGCAAAGGUCGCGUCAUUUUCCUUUUAAUAUUCAAUGUUUCGUUUAGACCCUCACAAAUGAACAAAAGAAUAAAACAAAAAAUAUAUUAAUUUAUUAUUUAAUUUAUGUAUUUAUUCACCAAGUAAGUGCAAAAUUUAAUACUGAAUGUAAAGGACUGCGCUAAAAAAAGUAUUAUCGUUAAAAGUACAAUAACAAACAUAUAUGCAGAAUGAGAACAAUGAAAUCUUAGUAAUAGCAUCCUUACAACAUUUAGGUCAUUUAUACAUUGCAACUUGUCUUGGCAACCUGUUCCGUUCUUGUAUUGAUCUUGGGAAGAAGGAAAACAUAAAAAAAUCAUGCCCAGAUGAGCAGUUUGUGAGGAAACAUUCUUGAAAUGAUUAUUCAACUAGUAUUUAAACAAAAUUUGCCCAAUACUUCGGUUUGAAAGACUUCUUCAGGCGCCAAAAGAAAAAUUAAGAUAAAACUUAAAAUGCGUUACAAAUAAGGGUUGAAAAUAUAAAAGAUUGAUAUGUGGUGUGGGUGACUAGGUAGUAUCGUAUAUCAACGAGCUUGGUCACGUCUAUUUAUUCCGUCUUUUUAGAGGAGACAAUGUUUUCCUUUUAUGUAUUAAAUGAGCCUCCAUAUAGCCUUUCUCACUGCGUCACGGUUGCUGAGUAUGAGUUCAAGUGGAAUUAGACGCAUGUCACUGAUUGAAUGUCCAGGUUGAUUGAAAUGCAGGGAGUCAGGAGUGGGAUAGCUGAGUUGAUGAUGGUUUAAGAUGGAUCGGGGGUGUUCUCCAAAUCGUUCAUUAAGUUCAUAUUUUAGCGAUGAAUGUAUAUUCCCUAACUGAACGUAUAUGCAUGAUGUAUGUCUAAUGAACCACAAUGACGCCAUUUAAUCAAACAGUGAGGGCUGCACAGCUCCCUUUCCCGCUCCCCCCCACCCCCUUGCAAAAUUGGUUGCACGCAGUGGCAGUUCACCGUUUAAUAGAAAAAAUAACUCGUGUGCUCAAUAUUAGGGAUUUUUGGGUAAUUUCCGGAAAGUCCUGGAACUCAUUCAAAACAAGUUUUAGAAAAUUCUCUGUACCAAUAGUGUUUUUUCCAAGAAAGCAACAUAAUGCGAAGUUCAGGUUUCAGUGCUGUCAUGCUAUUCUAGAAAUGUGUCCCAUAAGACCAUAAUAUAACGAUCUGCUGUACCAUUUUCGAUAGAUUUUGGAAUGACCUCGGUGAAAACAACAUGCGCAGAUAUGAACUUAUUCGCGUAUGUCGGAUAGAACGCUCACAUUAAAACUCCUACAUUUUUCUAAAUGGUUUCACUGUGUCGUUUUAUGGUUGUUAACGGUUUCGUUCGUUUUCCCUUAUCUAAUUCUGUGUGUAAUUAAUAAUCGUAGGGCAAGAAACAAACUUUCUCGGUCUUACAAGAAGGAAAUAAGUUCUUGAGGUCUCGGUAAAGGAGCAGUUCUACUAUGGUUGGAUUCUUGGAAAACAUUUCCCAGUGGAUUAAAUUUUUGUGGCAAAGGUCGUUUUGUCAUCUUCUUUACAUGAAGGGUCAUCAACAAGAUCAGUCUAUGCUACUUUUACAUUUCCUUUUGUUUCGAUUAAAAGACGAAGCCAACUUUGAAAAAAAAAAAAAAAAAAAAAAAUAACCUGGAUAUACUGGCAAACAUUGCGAGACCAACAUUGACGACUGCUCAGACCUACCUUGUUUUAACGGUGGCACAUGCCAUGACAUGGUAAAUAACUAUUCGUGCUCUUGCGCACAAGGUUAGUAAAAAGUUUCUUUGGCCAUAUCUUUGGUUUGUUUUGUUUUGUUUUCCUUUCACUCCGUCUUGCUGGACCAGCUCUUUCUCUUAAAGAGGCGUGUGUUUAUUAAGGUGUUUGCUUAGCAGAAAGCAAAUGUAUAACAAAAGAUGGCUAGUACCAAAGAUUGAGAUUUCUUUACCAAAAAAGUAUAUCAAACUCAGAGGUAAAAAUAGGUAUACGCUAUAUUAAAAGACAUUGGUAUAUGCAUGAUAGGGCUUGUUUAUUGUUUGUCUCACAUUAGUCACCUUAAAAUUUGCUAUUUAUCUCGACGUUUCGACCGCAUUCUGAUGGUCGCCAUCUCUAUAAUUGGAAUACGUUCCUCUGAGUCGUUUUAGCUUGUGACCAGGCUCCGCAGUGGGGUAAAAAGGCAAAACAAACAAACAAACAAAACAAAACAAUCGGUGAGCGAAGUGAGCCGAGCGGAAGUCUGGGAGGGUGAAGGGUAAAAGCUCAGCUCGCUUCGCUCGUCUUUUUCCCUCACUGCGGAGCCUGGUUAUAGGCUAAGUCCUUCAUUAAUCGAAACAAUGGAUAACACUUCUUAUUAUCUCACAGGCUACCAGGGUAAGAACUGUGAGGAGAAUAUCGAUGACUGUGCGUCAGACCCUUGUCAGAAUGAGGGGACAUGUGUGGACUCAACUGGAACAUACGAUUGCAUUUGUCCUAGCGGUUUUUACGGCAACAAUUGCGAGGAAGAAGCUGACGAAUGUACAAAAUUAGGUUGUAAGAACAACGCAACCUGCAUUGUUAAAGACAACUGGUUUGACUGCAUUUGCCAGAAGGGUUUUGUUGGAAAAAAGUGCGAAUUCAACGUUGAGGAGUGUGACUCAAAUCCCUGCUUGAACGGAGCC